UUUAUUCGAAAAUCAGUCAACCGAAACCUUUCUAAUGUGGACGGCGUUUUCUUCCGACGUAUCUUCCAAUUCAACUUUAUUACUCUAGACUGUAUUUAUCUGUGGGACCUGCAAGGAGCACUUAUGUCAAAACCAACUGAUUAUUUAUUGGUAUACAAUUGUUAGGCACUUCCAUACACUGGGAAAUUGUCGGAAAUGGAAAACCCAGCGUUUUCUGAUAAAGAUGGAAUGGAACUUAAAGAAAGACAUACAAACAGUGAAGAGGGUCUGGAUGUAAAAGUAGAUGUUCAGGCGAUCAAACUUAAAAGGAGUCUGGGCCUUAUCAGUGGUACCUCAAUCAUCGUAGGAACUAUCAUAGAUUUAGGUUCGCUGUCUUAUGCUGAGCUUGGAACUUUGAUUACAAAGUCAGGCGGGGAAUACCCGUACAUGAUGGAAGCCAUGGGGAGAGUUGUGGCUUACCUGUUCGCUUGGACCAAGAUCAUUGUACUCACCCCGUCCUCCAUGGCCAUCAUCUGCCUGACCUUUGCCGAAUACUUUAUUACUCUGUUUGACUUCUGUGGAGAGCCUCAAAUACCGAAGAAAAUUGUUGCCGCGCUAGCUAUGAUAACUCUGGCCAUAGUGAACUGUUGGGAUACGAAACUUGCAGCCAGUGUACAAGUCUUUUUCACCGCGGCUAAGCUGAUCGCUCUAUUUAUCAUUGUGAUUGGAGGUCUGGUGUGGCUAGGGAAAGGAGAGGUGGAAACACUACAGACAGGAUUUGAGGGUUCCACUAAUUCCCCUUCAGCAGUAGCUCUAGCUUUCUACGAUGCACUCUGGGCUUAUGACGGAUGGAACAAUUUAAACUAUAUUACAGAAGAGCUGAAAAAUCCAUAUGUGAACCUGCCUCGUGCUAAUACAAUAGGAGUACUUCUAGUCACAGUUAUCUAUGUGCUAGCUAAUAUUUCCUACUUAGCUGUUCUUGGAAAAGAUGGCCUUCUUAACUCAAGUGCCGUGGCUGUUGAAUGGGGAGAAAUUGUAAUGGGGAAGAACGUUGCAAUCAUUAUGCCAAUCUUUGUGAUGUUUUCAACAUUUGGUGCCGCCAAUGGUUCUCUGUUCGCUGGCGUCAGAACAUUGUAUGUUGCUGCCCGAGAGAACCAAUUCCCAGAAGUGCUAUCAUACGUCAGUGCGCGACGUCUUACUCCAAUCCCAUGUAUUAUAUUUACGACGGUGAUUGCCCUUCUGAUGUUAAUUCCAGGAGAUAUUGGAAGUCUGAUCGACUUCUUUAGCUUUGCUGCCUGGAUGUUUUAUGCUUUAGCCAUUAUAUGUCUAAUUAUACUGAGGUUCAAAUGGAAGGACCGUAAAAGACCAAUUAAAAUCUUUAUCCUGUUUCCGGUCAUUUUCUUGCUGUGUUCACUGUACUUGGUGGUGGCUCCGAUCAUACAAGACCCUAGACUAGAGUUUCUAUACGCAUUCCUGUUUAUUGUUGGUGGACUUCUGCUGUACAUACCACUAGUUCACUUUAAGAUUCACAAAGGUUGUUUUGAUCCGGUUACGCUAUUCUUUCAACUGUUUCUGGAAGUUGGUCCAAGUCCGUAUGUGCCUGAUUUUGACUAGCACAACUUCAGAUAUGUUUACUCUGAAGAAAUCCAAUAUUCAUGUGGAAAUGUAAAGCAAGACAAAAUACAUAGUAAAAUUCUCAUCUCUUUUUCAGCUAAACCUUGUUAAGUUAAACAUUAUUCUGUUUUUAAUACAAAGGACUGUGGGAAAAGAUAAGUUAUUGGAUAUAAUGGGAUUCAUUUUUUGGGGGAAGGAUGAUCAUAAAUAAUUGAGGUCUGCUGUCUCCUUAAACAGUUUAAAGGAAGUAUUUCUAAUUUAUGUAACUUUUUUGAAUGAGUCUGGUUUGAAAACUUAUCUUUACCGAUUGCCAUUUUAACCAUCGUUUAACUUUAAUUUUUU